AUGUAUUCUAUAUGUAAAAGUACUCAUCCUGCGACGGGAGUGGAGCAUGCGAUAACGUGCCAUUUUUUUAAUCGUCUUGAAAAAUGCCUAGUUGUCGCUGGCGCAAAUGUUAUACGGGUAUUUCGUUUAAUUCCAGACAUCGAUGUGACGAGAAGGGAGAAAUAUACAGAAAUGCGUCCCCCGAAAAUGAAAUUGGAGUGCUUAACACAGUAUACUUUGCAUGCAAAUAUCAUGUCUAUGCAAGCUGUACACUUAAUUGGCUCACAAAGGGAUUCUAUUUUACUGAGCUUCCGUGAUGCAAAACUAUCCGUUGUGGAAUACGACCAGGACACGCAUGACUUGAGGACUGUGUCAUUACAUUAUUUCGAGGAAGAAGAAAUGAGAGAUGGAUGGACGAAUCACCACCAUAUACCAAUUGUAAGAGUAGAUCCCGAAGGAAGAUGCGCGGUGAUGUUAAUAUAUGGCAGAAAACUAGUUGUACUACCGUUCCGUAAGGAUCCCAGCUUAGACGAUGGUGAUUUGCUGGACACUGCAAAAUUAAUAUCCUCUAACAAGACUCCAAUAUUAUCCUCGUACAUGAUAGUGUUAAAAACAUUAGAAGAAAAAAUGGACAACGUAAUAGACUUACAAUUUUUACAUGGAUAUUAUGAACCAACAUUGUUAAUCUUGUAUGAACCAGUGAGAACGUUCUCAGGACGCAUUGCAGUGAGACAGGAUACUUGUGCGAUGGUUGCCAUAUCGUUAAAUAUUCAGCAGAGGGUUCAUCCUAUUAUCUGGUCCGUCUCCAAUUUGCCAUUUGACUGUUGUCAAUCCGUACCUGUGAAGAAACCGUUAGGUGGUACCCUGAUAAUGGCAGUUAACUCGCUCAUCUAUUUAAAUCAAAGCAUACCACCCUAUGGUGUAUCACUUAAUAGCUUAGCAGACACAAGUACAAAUUUCCCAUUGAAGCCGCAAGAGGGUGUAAAAAUGAGUCUGGAAGGAGCACAAGUCGCAUUUAUCUCCACGGAUCGUUUAGUUAUUUCUCUGAAGAGUGGAGAAUUGUAUGUUUUAUCCCUCUUUGCCGACAGUAUGCGCUCCGUGCGUGGAUUUCACUUUGACAAGGCUGCUGCUAGUGUAUUAACAUCGUGUGUAUGUAUGUGUGAGGACAAUUAUCUCUUUCUUGGUUCUCGGCUCGGGAAUUCGUUACUAUUACGGUUCACGGAGAAAGAAUCGGAAACCGUGAAAAAUGUUAAUGAUGAUAUCGACGAAGAGAAUGAAAACGAGGAGACUCCGGCCAAGAAAGCAAAACAGGAUUUUCUUGGCGACUGGAUGGCAUCGGACGUGUUAGAUAUCAAAGAUCCAGAAGAGUUGGAAGUAUACGGUAGUGAAACUCAUACGUCUAUCCAGAUUACCUCGUAUAUUUUUGAGGUAUGUGACAGUUUAUUGAAUAUUGGACCAUGUGGAAAUAUUUCCAUGGGAGAACCCGCUUUCCUGUCGGAAGAAUUCUUGCACAAUCAGGAUCCUGAUGUGGAACUUGUAACGACAUCAGGGUAUGGUAAAAAUGGUGCGCUUUGUGUAUUACAACAUUCUAUACGUCCUCAGGUUGUGACAACGUUUGAAUUACCUGGGUGUGAGGACAUGUGGACUGUCAUUGGCACAUUAAACAAUGAUGAGCAAGUCAAACCAGAAGCAGAGGGAUCGCAUGCAUUUUUAAUAUUGAGUCAAGAAGAUUCAACUAUGGUACUACAAACUGGCCAGGAAAUUAACGAAGUAGAUCAGAGUGGAUUUAGCACACAGGGAAGUACAGUAUUUGCCGGUAAUCUUGGUGCUAAUAGAUACAUUGUGCAAGUUACUCAAAUGGGAGUGCGUCUUUUGCAAGGCAUUGAACAGAUUCAACACAUGCCGAUAGAUCUUGGCUGCCCGAUAGUACAUGCAAGUUGUGCAGAUCCAUAUGUAACAUUACUUUCGGAGGAUGGUCAGGUAAUGUUACUGACACUCAGAGAAGUAAGAGGCACAGCAAAACUGCAUGCUCAGACUGCUAAUUUAUUAUUCCGUCCUCAAAUAGAAGCGCUGUGCGCUUAUAGAGAUGUAAGUGGAAUUUUUACGACACAAUUACUUGAGACUGCGGACGAUGAACAAGUUGAAGAAGAGCAAAACGUAGAGGAAACACCUGUACUUGGUAACAUCGAUAAUGAAGAUGAUCUAUUAUACGGGGAUGCCCCGGCGUUCCAAAUGCCUACGCCGUCACAUUCAAAAGCGUCGGAUGGAGCUACUAAAAAAGCGCCUUGGUGGCAGAAGCAUUUGCAAGAGAUUAAGCCCACGUACUGGUUACUUGUCUACAGAGAUAGUGGGACAUUAGAAAUUUAUUCCUUACCUGAUUUACGGUUGUCUUAUCUGAUUCGCAACUUUGGUUACGGUCAGUAUGUGCUGCACGACAGUAUGGAAUCUACGACUCUUCAAUCAGCACCGAUUAACGAGAUUCCUAAUCCCGAAAUGCAGGUGCGUGAAAUCUUAAUGGUUGCUCUAGGACAUCAUGGAAAUCGCCCGAUGCUUUUAGUACGUCUCGAUUCAGAGCUACAGAUCUAUCAAGCUUACAGAUAUCCUAAAGGUCACUUAAAAUUGAGGUUUAAAAAGUUGGACCACGGAAUAAUUCCAGGGCAUUUCAGUCCGAAACCUAAAGAAGAGGAUGUGCCAACAAAUACGAGUGACACUCGUAUUUGCAUGAUGCGCUACUUCAGCAACAUUGCUGGAUAUAAUGGAAUAUUCAUUUGCAGCGAUUAUCCGCAUUGGAUAUUUUUGACUGGACGUGGUGAAUUACGCACACAUCCAAUGGGCAUUGACGGUUCUAUCACAUCUUUCGCUGCUUUCAAUAAUAUCAAUUGUCCGCAAGGUUUCCUGUAUUUUAACAAAAAGGAAGAACUACGGAUAUGUGUUUUGCCGACUCAUCUAUCGUACGAUGCUCCCUGGCCAGUUAGAAAAGUUCCCUUACGAUGUACCCCACAUUUUGUUACGUAUCAUCUUGAGAGCAAGACCUAUUGCGUCAUAACAAGCAUAGCGGAACCUUUGAAAAGUUACUACAGGUUUAAUGGCGAAGAUAAGGAAUUUACGGAAGAAGAGCAUCCGGAAAGAUUCCUGUAUCCGUUUCAAGAGCAGUUUUCUAUCGUGCUGUUCUCUCCAGUUUCGUGGGAGACUAUUCCUAAUACAAAAAUCGAGUUGGAUCAAUGGGAGCAUGUUACCUGCUUGAAGAACGUAUCUCUGGCUUACGAAGGAACAAGAUCCGGUUUGAAAGGGUACAUAGUACUAGGCACUAAUUAUAAUUAUGGCGAAGACAUCACAAGCAGAGGACGGAUACUCAUAUUCGACAUAAUUGAAGUGGUACCUGAACCUGGACAACCAUUAACCAAGAAUAGGUUUAAACAGAUUUACGCAAAGGAGCAGAAGGGGCCAAUAACAGCUAUAACACAAGUAUCUGGAUUUCUAGUCUCAGCUGUGGGCCAAAAGAUAUAUAUUUGGCAAUUGAAAGAUAACGACCUUGUUGGUGUCGCUUUUAUCGAUACUCAGAUUUAUAUUCAUCAGAUGCUAAGUAUCAAGAGCCUCAUUCUGAUAGCUGAUGUCUAUAAAUCGAUUAGUUUACUAAGAUUUCAGGAAGAGUAUAGAACACUCUCUCUCGUUAGCAGGGAUUUUAGACCAGCGGAAGUGUACACGAUAGAAUAUUUAAUUGACAAUACGAAUUUAGGAUUUCUUGUGGCUGACGGGGAGAGCAAUUUAGCUUUAUUUAUGUAUCAGCCAGAAUCUAGAGAAAGUCUGGGAGGUCAAAAGCUGAUUAGGAAAGCAGACUUUCACUUAGGACAAAAAGUAAAUACUUUCUUCCGCAUUAGAUGCAGGAUCACUGAUCCUGCGAAUAAUAAGAAGCACUUUUCCGGUGCUGAUAAGAGACAUGUUACUAUGUACGCAUCAUUGGAUGGUAGCCUCGGUUAUAUUUUACCGGUACUAGAAAAAACAUAUCGAAGACUGCUUAUGUUGCAAAAUGUGUUAGUCACACAUAUGUGUCAUAUCGCGGGUUUGAAUCCAAAAGCAUACCGUACAUACAAGAGUUAUGUACGAAAUCAAGGUAACCCAGCGAGAGGAAUCAUUGACGGCGAUUUGGUUUGGCGCUAUCUUUUCUUACCGAAUAACGAAAAGGCCGAUAUAGCUAAAAAGAUUGGGACACGUGUUCAAGAAAUUGUCGAAGACAUUACUGAGAUUGAUCGACAAACUGCGCACUUUUAAUAUCGCAAUUAUGUUAUGUACAUACAUAUAUCCAUACAUUAUAUAUAUAUAUAUAUAUAUAUAUAUAUAUAAAAUUAAUAAAUAGGUAAAAAAUAUUAUGUAUACGUAUGUGUGCGUUUAAUAAAUUUUUAUUACUUUUAUAUUUAAAGAUGUGAGAUAAACUUGGCUUGUGUAAAUAGUACGUACAUCUUGAAAUUGUCACAAAAUUCCUCCUGCAAUUGUUUAAUUCAUGUAAAUUUGAUUGUCAUCAAAUUUGCAAUUAUGUAUAAAUUCAUUUUUCAUUUAUUUUUAUAAUUUAUAAAAAGUUGUACUUCAAUGAAAAUUAUUUUUAUCAAACUGUGACAAGUCACGUUUGUUACGUACACGCACACACACAAUUUAAUUUAAUUUAAUUUAAUUAAUAAAAACAUUGCUCGUAUUGCUUGUAACGACGUAUCUUCUCAAAUGCAUAAAUCGUUUGCGCUGCCUGAUGCCCGAGUUAUCUCCCAGAAAAAGUAUCAUCGAACAGCGUUUGACUAGACGAGAAACUCAAAGAUGUAUGUAUUAGUCAAUGAUUUUCUAACUAUAAUAUGUACAAAUGUAAAAUAAAGUCUUUUGCAAACUUU